AUGGAGAAACUUUCGCUUGAGCUACUCCUUGAAAAUGAGGAGAAAUGGCCAGAUUUAACAGAAGUUUUGCAAUGUUUUGACUUUUAUAGUUGUCUUAAUAAAGCAAAUCCUAAUCUUCUGGCUUUCAUUGUUAAGAACUUUGAUCGGAUUUUGUCAAUGGUAUUUGAAGAAAAGAUAAAAGAUUCAAAAACCAUGACUGCCGUAGUAUCAAUACUUUGCUCAUCGAAUCUCACUGUCAAAAAUGUCUUAUUUAAAGAAACAAAAUUCGUAAACUACAUAAUCGAGUAUCCAAAGACUAUAAAAAUCUAUCAUCCGCCUUCAAUUCCUCAAUAUUUCCACUCUUUGCCAUCAAUUAUUUCAGAUAACAGUAAUGAAAUUUCAUCUCAAUUUGCUAACAAAGAUUACAUAGAGUCUAUCAUCCAAAUCUGCGAUCUAAUCGAAGCAUUUACAUUUAUGAAGAACUUGUUGAACUCUAGAAGUCCAUAUGUCAUGGUUUUCCUAUCUCAGAUUAAUAUUGCUCAGAUGUUGACUAAUAUUAUAACAGAUAAUAACGUACUCUCGCUUCAUGGAAUUCUUUUGUUCGAGAGCAUUAUAGAUAGAUAUGCGAGACAAUGUGCUGCUGCAAUAGUUAACAAUAAUAUGAUAACUCGGAUGAUAAACUUAUCUAUACAAAAAGAUGCCAACAAUAUGGCCAAUUUCACUAACUUUUUAUAUCAAGAAUCUUACAGAUAUCCAAAUGAAUCGAUUUGGCAAACAAUUCAGUUCCUUGUUGAUGAUAGAAUUCCUGAAAUAUGCGAGUCUAUACUAUCUCGACCGAGAUUUAUGCCAAUUUCUCGUUCGUUAUGCGAAAUAGUUUUAACUUACCUAGAAUUUCAAGGCCAAUUCUUCCCAAAGGCAGUUCACGUCACAGAAAAGCUUAUUAACGAUAUGUUUACGCAUCCAACAAACUCUUUCUUGCAUAAUACUUCACUCAAAUUUAUUGAUUUUCUUUCUAAUUACCCUGUUCAAUUCACAGAGAUCUGCUCGAGGACAGAAUUAUGUAAGAAAAUAAUUGAGUAUGAUAGAAGUAAUCAAAAGCAAGCAAAUUCUUGUGUUUGGGGUGUUUUAUGGCAAAUUUCCCUUCUCAUUCGAAAUCCGAUCGGAGUUCCAAAGAAGGAAUGGGACCUUGUUAUAGCAAGAAAUAAGAAGAUGCACUCUGUUAUAUCAACACCUCUUCCUAAAGCUGUUAUGAACAAAUAUUCCAAGGUUGUAAGCAAACUUGGACCAUCUUCGCUAUCACCGAAGUUUUCUCUUAUCAAUAUAUUUGCUGUUGUUAUUGGAUUGAUUGCCGGAAUUUUGGUUUAUGCUAAUAAUAAAUAG